AUGGUAAAGGAUUCACAGCUUGAAUUUGCAAGGGUUCUAAACCACGGUUCCAGACCCGAACAGGGUGUAUCAAUGAAAGAUUGCAUAGCACCAGAAGACCUUUCCCCUUUGAAACAAAGAAUUACAAGUGAAAACGAAAAAGUAUACGAAACUAACAGGCGCAAACCUGUGGAAACCUCGCCCAAACCGAAUCUGCCGAGUCAUAUUGAUCCUAAUAAAACUAUCUUUGGGAAACCCUUAGUAAAAGACGGUAUUGCAAAUCUACUGAAUCCUGACAUCCGGAGAAUUGAGAUUCUCAAGCAGGAAUUGGAAGACCGCAUGCAUUAUUUGCGCCCAUAUGCAAGACUUCUGCCCGGUGAACAGGCUGAACGUGGUUAUAACAGCCAGGAUACAAAUCAUACAUUUGGAAAACCCUCCAUGAUUGGGAAGCGAAAUGUAGCCGAGUUGAUGCAUGGCUUCACACCAAAAAAUAUUCUUGGUCUGACAGCUCCAUAUAGCACCCCAUUUCACAACAAUCGAAACGCAGGAAAUCACUGCGUAGACUUAGCCGAACAGGAGAGAAUCGUUAGAGCGCUGGUUAAGAAACAACUGAGGGAUAAAAGGUACAAUCGAGGGCCUGAUCUUGCGGCCGUUCUUUGCGAUCUGGCCAAUGGUGAGCAAUACAUUACCGAAGCGGUAGCUCAGGAGGUCUACGAGGCAUUUGAACCCCCUCUUGACAAUGAGCUGCGUGAGCUGCUUUUCGAUAUUAUCCGUGAAGACAACGGAAGGAACGCCGUGAAUAAGAAACUGUCUGAAACUGUUGAGUUUCGAGAGGAUGGGACAAAUUACCCAAAAAUUAUAAACUGGAGACUUAUGGCGAAAAUACUUGAUUUUAACCGCUUCCAACCCUGGGAGAGACCCUUCGGGCACGGGUACAUCGAUGAAACCCAAUGUGUUCAACAGUCAUCGGAAUGUGCUGAAAAGACUCGACUGCGGAUAGCUAAUGCAAUUAAGGCUAGAAGUAAGGUACCUUCAACGACAAACCAAGCCUAUCAGGGAAACCGCAACGGACUUAUAAAUAGCAGUCUGUGGCAGCCUCUCGGCUUUUCAACCCGAAACUGUGAGCCGAUUGACCUCCUGUACAAAAAUAGGCGACAUGGAGAAAUUUGUGUUCCCACUGCCCAGAGUUCCGUGUGCACGCCCUUUCAAGGAAGAUACGACAGUUGCAAGAGGCGGAUGUUUGUUCUUCGAACCAAAGAAGAGAUUGAGAAAAUUUUGGAAGAAACUGGUUUGAAGGGGGAAAUGAAGGGAGACUGCAGCAUAGAAAAGAUCUGGAGCCUCGCCAAACAGUUCAGCCGGACAGAUCCAGUGAUUAACACAAUAUCCUGCGGAGACGCCAAACGAGUGACGCUGGAGAGCGUUAAACAAGCCCUAAACCAAUGCACUCGCGAGCAGAUUGAGGCGAAAAUCUCUGAGAAAUAUAAAAACUGCUGCGUCUCGACGUCAGUGGCGGUCAACAAGGGUCUGCUAAUAUAA